AUCUUGGAGCCAUCAUCGAGAUUUAAGUUGCUUAAAGUGUUUUCCGGACUGGAUUUAAGGUGAGGCUUUAUUUUGUUUUGCACUUUUCAGGCCUUAUAAAAACUUCAUCCAUUAAAAUUAAAUAAAAGAUGAAGAUCGAGUACAGCACAAUAAAUGAAGAGAGGGGAAGAAAUAGAGGAAGAAAGCAUCAUCUGCAUUAUCCAACUGCCGAAGAACCCAACUCAGUCACACGAAGCAGCAACACAGACAUCAUUCUUACCUAACCCAAGCUUCUCACAAAGACAACGCAAUAUAGGGCCUUCCCUUCUGCAAUCAAGCAACUCAGAAACCCCGGCCAGAUGAAAUAAAAUAGAAGUUUGGUAGCGCACAAUCAACUCAGAAAUGGAGGUUGUAUUCCUCUUCUUCUCGUUUGUGUCCACCCUCUUCACCUCCUCUUUCCUCUCCAUCCGCCUUGCCUUCCUCUCUCUACUCUCCUUUCCCAUUUUCCCAACGACUAAUAACAACAAAAACCCAUCUGAGGGCCACAGUGUUGGUGAGUCCCAUCUCAUUCUCUACCAAGGGAGGGUUUGGCAUCAGAGGAGUCAUCCCCUUCUCCACCAAUUCUCCUACAAUGUCAGAUAUGCUCUCAUCAACCUCGACCAUGUUGUUGAUGUCAGUGUCGAUGCCCUCCUCCGCAAGGGCAACCACAUGUCAUCUGCUCAGGUUCGCGAGAUCGCCGCCACCUCCGGACCUGUGUUUCUUUUGACAAUACCUGCUAGUGUGGGAUAUGAACAGAAUCCACUGAGUGUUUAUUACUGCUAUGACCAGGAAGGAUCUGAUGCUCAUCUUAAGAAGUGUAUAGCCCAGGUGACGAAUACACCUUGGGGUGAAAGAGUGUCCUUUGUAUUCAAUCCAGAUUCAGAUUCUGUGGCAAAGCCUUUACAUGUUAGUCCCUUUAUGGACAUGCUCGGGACUUGGAACAUGCAAGCUCAUGCUCCUGGGGAGAAUCUCUUUUUAAAGAUUUCAGUUGAUCAUCCUAGUCUUGGUAAUUAUUUUACAGCUACUUUGCAAGCCAAAAGAUUGUCCAAGUCCCUGGAGACCCAGAUUCCGGAACUCUUUUUCUGGUUAAUGCCACAGAAAGUGGCCUUUUGGAUUUACUGGCAGGCCCUCAAGCUAUGGUGGAAAAAUGUUCCCUUCAUGCAGCACCCAAAGUAUCAUAAUGUGAAGUAUAGAGAAGAGGCCUUGAUCCGGGACUGGCAACUACGAUGCGGUAAAAAUAUCCGAGAGGAGAAAAUAAUCUGUCGUGAUUCCAAAGGUGGAGAUGGGCUUGAUGAGAACGAUAGCAGGUGGUGUGUAUGGAAUGAUGCUGAAUGGCCUUGGUCGUAGUAUGCUACACUUGCCAUCAGGCAUCGUGUUUGUAUGUCACCUUUUCGUUCAGGCAUUGGUGGCACUUGCAGAACUCAGCAUACUGUAAUUAUUUGAUAUUUUUAAAGUUGUAGCUCGAAUGCAUUAUUAAUUUAUUGGGCAGCAAGAAGAAAGUGUGCAUGCAUGUGUGUAAUUAUAAAGGAUAAGUACACAACCAUAUUGUUUACUUUGGUACAAGUAGAUCAAAAUCACGACUUGGCCAUUCACGUAAA